AUGGGGGACAGCAGGCGAAGGUCACUCGGGAACCAGCCCAGCUCUGAGGCUGCGGGCAGGUCGAAAAGGGAGCCGGACGGCGACCCCCAUGGCCUCCAGAGCUCUGUGUACGAGAGCCGGCGGGUCACAGGCCCCGAACGCCAGGACCUGGACAAUGCAGAGCUGGGACCAGGAGACCCAGAAGAGCAGCUUCCCCCCGAGGAGGUGGCCGGGGAGGAGUUCCCGGAGACCCUGGAUCCCAAAGAGGCACUUUCUGAGUUGGAGAGAGUCCUGGACAAGGACUUAGGAGAGGACAUUCCUGAAAUCAGCCGGCUGUCCAUCAGCCAGAAGCUCCCCAGCACCACCAUGGCCAAAGCGAGGAAGAGGAGGAGGCGGAGGAGGCUCAUGGAGCUGGCAGAGCCCAAGAUAAACUGGCAAGUCCUGAAAGACAGGAAGGGUUGCUGUGGUAAGGGGUAUGCCUGGAUUUCCCCACGCAAGAUGAGCUUGCACUUCUGUCUCUACUGGCCCUCUGUGUACUGGACCGAGCGGUUCCUUGAGGACACCACCCUCUCCAUCACAGUGCCCGCGGUGUCCCGCCGAGUGGAGGAACUGUCUCGGCCCAAGAGAUUCUACCUGGAAUAUUACAACAACAACAGGACGACUCCUGUCUGGCCCAUUCCUCGGUCCUCCCUGGAAUACAGAGCAUCGAGUCGCCUGAAGGAACUGGCCGCCCCGAAGAUUCGUAGUAACUUCUGGAGCAUGCCCAUGUCUGAGGUGUCCCAGGUGUCCAGGGCAGCCCAAAUGGCAGUCCCCAGCUCACGGAUCCUCCAGUUGUCAAAGCCGAAGGCCCCAGCCGCCCUGUUGGAAGAGUGGGACCCCAUGCCAAAACCCAAGCCACAUGUGUCAGACUAUAACCGCCUCCUUCACUUGGCCAGGCCCAAAGCUCAGUCGGACAAGUGCGUUCCUGACCGAGAUCCUCGCUGGGAGGUGCUGGAUGUCACCAAGAAGGUGGUGGCCAGCGCCCGGGUCAUCUCCCUGGCCAAGCCCAAACUGCGCAAGGGCCUCAACGAGGGCUACAACAGGCCUCCCCUCGCCUCUAUGAGCUUGCCACCCCCAAAAGCAUCACCAGAAAAGUGUGAUCAACCCAGGCCUGGCCCCUAA